UUACAUUUUUGCUUUCAAAUUAAUGAUUUUAAUAUUGAAAGUAUCUUUUGAAAGAUCCAUAACCAAUUAAUUGUGUUCGUUUAAAAUUUCAUUUUAGUUCCGUGUCUGUCCGUUGUCGGUGUGAUUGUUCAAGUGUUUUCUUUUAUCUAUGUAAUUUGGUACGGAACGGUAAUGUUUUUUAAUUAAGAACAAUAAAGCAAGGCCAUAUGUCGCUUCAACAGUCGUUGAGAACAUGAUUUAGAACAUCACUAAAUUCACUAACCGAACUAAGCUGCGCGUUCGUGCCGAUCAUAAAAAAGCCACCACGAAUUAUCGAGCUAUAGUUCGCAACGUAUCGUUAAGAUGGCCGCCAAACAUUACUUCAUCAUGUUCCUGAUCGUGUCUCUGAUGGCUCUCACAGCCAGUAAGAGCUGGUUCGAAAACCCGUGUCCUGAGAAUGCCCAUUUGACAAUGGACCCCUGCGCGCCGACCUGUGCAGACCCGGAAUUGAAACACACCAGUUGUGUGACGGCUUUCAUCGCAACCUGCCACUGUGAUGAUGGCUUCCUCUUCAACAAAUCAGGAAACUGCGUGCCUGUUGCUGAAUGUCCAAAACAAAACGGUGGCUAUUUCAAGUGAAUCCGACUUGUGUAUUUCGUUUCCAAAAUUCAUCAUUUUUGUUUCCCAAAAACUUAAUUUUAGUACUUAAUUAUCGGCCGUUUGUUAUUAAAAAAUAU